AAACGCUGCUCUUCCUUUGAAAAAUAGACAUUCAAUUAAGACCAAAUUUUAGUAAAAAAUUAUAGUACUUAUUUUUAUUUAUCGUUUUACCAAACAUUUAUUAAUUGUGAAAACCUGUUUAUACAACCAAUUUAUAUUGUGUUGAAGACCACAGUCUGUGAAGAAUCUGAAUGUGUUGUUCAGUGUGUUGAAGACUAAGAACUAAAGUUUCAUCUGUUUCUACAGGGAUUUUAGUGAAAAAGUACUAAUGGAAUUUUAAAUUCCUUUUCUUAUGUAAUCUAGGGUGCCAAUAUGUAUAGAAAAUGUAUAGAAAAUUUUGCGCUUUCAACAGCCCAGGGACAACGCUAGGUGCCGCGAUAUUCGAUGACCCAAACUCUUCAAGAAAAUGCAAAAUGUUUCUCCACGUAAACAAUUACCAUGGAUCAAUUUGAAAACUGAACUCAAAACUUGUCAAAGCUUCAAUUUCUCGAAUCUACGAUGUUGGCGUUGAAACUGGUGCAAUGCCAACUAACUCUAAGUAAGAGUAAUUAACGUCUAAUUAGCCAGCCCAUCAAUGACGGUAGCUGAGGGGCACGCUUCUUCGACAUCGAAUAUAGAAUGGUUCCUUAAGAACCAAGCAUACUAUCUAUUAUAGUCUCGAAAGAAAUAUCAAGAAAUUGUACAACUCAAAGGCGUAUUUUUAAUAAUAAUUGGAUCUCAAGUAAUAAAAAUGAAGAGUGAAAUAAAACUCUUCUCAAGCAAGAACUAAGUUCAGUGUGCUAGAUUCUCUCAAGUUUAACUGCGCAGUUGAUAAAAUUGAAGUAAAAAAUCGACACUAGCAAAAAAUAAAUAAAUAAUGGAGGAAAGACAAUCUGCGAUCAUUUCCGAAGCAGGAACGAAAUCACCAUCUCCAGUGCCAGGUUCAUCGAAUACCCUGAAUGCAAUGCAACCACCAAUUCUGACUGUCACACCUGGUCGUAUUUUACGUUCUCCAAGCCACGAAAGUGUCACGACCGAUUUAUCCUUGUUCAGUGUUUCUUCAAUUGCCAGUGAUGCCAAAUGUGGCAAUAAACUGGUCACCUUUAAGUCAUACAGCGAUGUGCAACUUUCAGGCAGAGACCCUUCACCCAAUCCAGACUCUCGUCAAAUCCAGGACAACAGGCCGGCAGAUAUACCAGAAAUCCUAUGGUUCGAGGAAGAGACGGAUUUGAUUCGCAGUUGCGGAGCUUUGUCUUCAGCUUUAGGUCUUCAAAAAAGCUUCAGCACUAGUGAUGUGUCGCAACUUCCUAAUCCGGAUGCAUGUGGUCUUCGUGGAUUAAGAUCAGCAGUUUCAACUCAUGCUCUCGACUUCGCUCAUCGAAAUAAUCUUCUUCUAGAACAAGCAGGACUUGACCAUGCCUCCAGAUCUUGUAGCACCUGGGUAGCAGUGGGCGAUGUAGCUAGUACUUCUCAAUUACCAAGUCCACAUGGAGGAAGCGAGCAGCUUCCGCUCGCUCCAUCUCAUCCGCAACCGAUUCCAUUCUCAGCAGCAGAUCUUGUUAGAUCUGUCAACAAGAAAGUUCGACAAAAUUAUAUUCGCCGUAGAUUAUUAACGACCUACCGUGCCCUGGAACGCCUAUCCCAAAGUGAAUUCAAUCUUGAUAGGCUGGAAGCUGCAGCUUCUGCUGCACAAAUAACUCCCGGAGCUUCCCUGGUUGUUCCUGGAGCACCUGUCGUUUCUGUAGGACGAAAAACCAAGGACCAUGCUUUGACGCUUAAAGAUGUCGAAAGAGAAAGAGGAAAGCAACUUUCCAAAUACGAGAGGAACAUGAUGAUUUUUAAUUGGCUACACACCCUCGAUGACACAGUCGAAGAAAGUCUUCAGUAAAAUAAAAAUCUUUUUUUACAAAUCUAUAUAAUUACUAUUGUAUGCCAUGCGAUACGAUCGUAGAAGUGGAAACUUGUGACUUUCUAACUGAGUGUCUUAAAGAUUGAAAACCCCGAAAA